GGGCGAGGGCGGCCAUGGCGACGGGCGGCGGCGGAGCCGGGGCUGGGGCCGGUCCCGCUGUGGGCAGAGCCAGCGCGUGGCGGGGCCCGGGGCUGAUUUGGGCUGACAGCAAGAGGCCGAGCAAGGCGGCGGAUGCGGUGGAGAAGAGGGGACCGUACAUCAUGAGCAAGCCUCCUUCCAUUCAGGCCAAGCUGCAGCGGCAGCGCGAGCUGGCCAAGGCGGCGCUGCGAAGGCAGGGGCUGCUGGGGGGACCCGUGCCGCACCAGCCGAAGCCGGCAGCUAAAAGAUCGGUGAGGUUUAACAAGGGCUACACGGCGCUCAGCCAGACGGUGGAUGAAAACCUGGUCUCCCUCGAUUCGGACAGCGAUGGGGAGCUGGGAUCCAGAUGUUCCUCGGGCUACUCCUCCGCCGAGCAGGUAAACCAGGACCUGAGCCGGCAGCUGCUGCAGGAUGGGUACCACCUCGAUGAGGUCCCCGAUGAUGAAGAUCUGGAUCUCAUCCCCCCAAAACCUGUCGCCUCCUCUUCUUGCCCCUGUUGUUUCAGAGAAAAUCUCUCCUGUGUGAUCCAGUAAUGCCGCUCGGCCGGGACCAUGCAGGAACAGGUCAAAAGCCAGCACUUUUUGUCUUGUGGGAUGGCUGUUGGCAUCUGUGUCUCAUGCUGGGACAGUGACACAAGAACUGAGUGAUGCUGCGAUGCUGCUGGUGGUGAGCAGCACCAACCAACCCACCCGAAGGACUUUUCCUGACACUCAGCAAUAUCAGGGAGAGGUGGCACGGGAGGGGACCUGUCACCUGGCUGCGCUGGGGAGGGAGGGGAGGCAGAGCCCGGGCACCUCCAUGGGCGUGUAAAGGGCGGGGAGGUGCAGCAGCAAAUGCUCUUCGGUUUGCCUGACCUCCUUUUUUCCUCCUGCAAUGAGCCACAUCAAGGAUCAGGACCUGGCCCCAGGCGCAGGCUGCGCUCCCCAGCCCUCCCUAAUGAAGAGGCAGUUGAUUGUGGGGUCGAACUGCCACGGUGCAGGACCAGGCUGGGAAGCCCUGAGACCCCUUUUCUAUUUAUUUCUGCUUUAGUCACCCCUCCUCCCUGGCAGGCUGAGACCAAGCCAGUGAGGCUGGGGUCAGCACAGGCUGGCAGAGCGCCGCUUCAUUUACUUAUCUUGUGCUGCUUGCAAUUAAUUGCUGCCGGGUUCCCUCCUCCUAAACCCUGGGCUGAUCCGAGCCAAAGAUUGCAGCUCUGAUGGAGAAGAGAAGCUGGGGGAACCCAAGGGAGCAGACACCGGCAGGCUGCUGAGCUUCGAGCUCCUGCACUUGUUACAUCCACCAGCUGCUGUUGCUGGGACCUCCCAGCUUUCCAUCUCUCCAGGGACCCAUGAAGUUCUGGGUUUGGAGUGAGUGGCUUGUGGCAGUUGUCCCCAAAGCUGCUGAUGCAGGUGCGGGGCAGCCCAGCCCCCCGUGCCAGCUGUGAACCUUCAAAGCUGCCUUAAGUCACCGUCCUGCUCUGCUACAUAGAGGACAAUCAGCUUCUUACGAAGAAACCUUAUUUAAAUACGUCAUGUCUAGAGAUCUGAACUGUUGCGUUUUUUUGUAUUUUAGUUGUUAAAGGGAACACUCAAUAAACUCGAUCUCAUUACUCA